AUCUGAGUAGUGUUUCCCCUUUCACCAUUCCUGUACCGGUAAACCCUAAACCCGACGCCGCCAUGGCCGCCGCCGUCCGCCUCGUACUGCGCCGCCGCCUCUCCACGGCCACAGCCACAGCUCCGCCGCCCACCCCAGGAUCCAUCCUUAACCCGUCCUCCCCAUCCACCCCGCUCACCUCGCGGCAGAAGAGCCGCCUCGCCAUCUCCCUCCUCAAGACCAGCCCGCCGCCGCCCCCCGACCAGAUCCUCUCCAUCUGCCGCGCCGCGGCGCUCUCCCCGGACUCCCACCUUGACCGCGUGGCCCUCUCGCUCGCUGCCUCGAAGCUCUCCUCCGCCCCGGACUCCCUCCGCGACCUCGCGUCCUCCCUCAUUCCCCACCACGCCCCCCACGCCAUCGCGCUCUACGGUCAGGCCGGUCUCCUCCCCGACGCCAUAUCCACAUUCAAGUCCUCCCCGUCAACUCGCUCCCUCAACGCCCUCCUCUUCGCCUGCCUCGUCUCUGGAAAUCAUGCCGAGGCUGCCCGCGUCUUCCAGACCUUCCCCGAUGCACACUUCGUCAGGCCCAACACCGAGACCUUCAACACCAUUAUCAAGUCCUUCGCCGAGUCCGGCACCACAAGGUCCUUCUACUCGGUUCUCGAUGAAAUGUGCAAGAAGGGCGUGAAGCCCACCGCCGCUACGUUUACUACAGCGAUUGCUGGUUUUUACAAGGAGGAGCGAUUUGAUGAUGUAGGGAAGGUGAUUGAGCUCAUGAAGAAGCACCGGUGUGGCGAGACGCUGCCAGUGUUCAAUGUUAGGGUCCAGGGGCUGUGCAAAAUUGGUCGCAGUGGCGAGGCAAAGGCAUUACUGAAUCAGAUGAUGAAGAAAGGCAUAAAGCCGAACUGGUUAACUUAUAAUCAUUUGAUUUAUGGAUUCUGUAAGGAGGGGGAUUUGGAGGAAGCUAUGCGGCUAUACAAGGAGAUGGCGAAGAAAGGACUCGUUGGUGACAGUAGAUUCUAUUUCACGCUUGUUUAUUACCUUUGCAAGGGUGGUGAUUUUGAUGCUGCCGUUGGGGUGUACAAUGACGUAGCAGCUAGGAAUUGGGUCCCAUGUUUUUCGACCAUGAAGAUGCUUGUGAAUGGGCUUGCUGGAAGCUCAAGGGUUGACGAGGCAAAAGGUAUAAUUGAGAAGAUGAAGGAGAAAUUCCCAGAUAGGGCUGAAGCGUGGAAGGAAGUAGAGGAGGCUUUGCCUCAAUAGAACAGCAAAUGGACAAACUUACAGAUGAACAAUGUUGGCCAUUGAUUCAAUCGAAUCGUUGAACAUGUCUUUUCAGAAUGCUUGUCAAUGCUGCAGACGUGGUUGAUCGGGAACUGCACCAAUAUUUGAUCGAUUGGCUUGAGCAGAGAUUUGUUGCAUCCGCUAGUCCCAACCGUGGCGACAAUAAUUUUAUCAUGGAUAACUUGGGCGUUUGAAAGUACAUCUUAGUGAAGAUCUGCCAAAUAUGUUCUGGUCCUUCUGGACACUAUUAUCUGGUAUGUUUACUUGUUACAAACUAGUUCGGUUCAGGAGACCGAUAUAAUAAUGAUACCUUCUUGCUUUUGUCCUUUUUACAUGUCUUGUUUCAAGCCAGUCUGCCACUAUGCUGGUAUGGCUCAAAGGAACUCCGCAAGUUCGAAACACACCACUA